GCUGUUAAGCAUCAACAUCAAAGACAGCACCAAUAUCAAACUAGAGAAAAAUGUUAAAAAGAAAUUUAAAUACUGAGCACAUUUGAAAUGCUAAAUUACUUAUUAUAAAAGUUGAAAACAGAUGCAAGUGGAAUCAAAAAGAGAUUUAAAGUAAAAAAAUAUGCAAAAUGUAUUCCGAUUUUUGCAACGGCAAUUUAUCAGCAAAAUGCAACGAAACAGCACAAGCCAGACCAGACGAGGAUUGGCCACUCGAGAGGGUGGUGUCUAUGGUGGUUCCCGUGUUUUUCGGUUUAAUUGGUUUGUGCGGUUUGCUCGGAAACGUGUUAGUUGUUGUCGUUGUGGCAGGAAACCAACAAAUGCGGUCCACGACAAAUUUAUUAAUAAUAAAUUUAGCUGCCGCCGACAUUUUAUUUGUGAUAUUCUGUGUACCUUUUACGGCCACUGACUAUGUACUGCCCGAAUGGCCGUUCGGUGAUUUAUGGUGCAAAGUGGUGCAGUACAUGAUAGUUGUGACGUGCCAUGCAAGCGUCUACACUCUAGUAUUAAUGUCGUUCGACCGAUUCCUAGCUGUAGUUCAUCCAGUUACCAGUAUGUCACUGCGAACGGAACGUAAUGCAACAUUAGCAAUUUUAUUAGCAUGGGUGGUAAUUGUGACAUCAGCUAUACCAGUAGCCCUAUCUCAUGGUGAACUUAAUUAUCCGUAUGUAGAGCGUAAUUAUACAGCGUGUGUGUUCCUGAGCGAGUUGGGGUAUAAUCACGUUGCUUUUCAGGUAUCGUUUUUCUUGUCAUCAUACGUAGUUCCACUUACGUUGAUAUGCUUAUUGUACAUGGGAAUGUUGGCAAGACUAUGGAAAGGUGCACCCGGCUGUAACCCAUCAGCAGAAUCAAGGAAAGGUAAAAGAAGGGUAACUCGCAUGGUCUGUGUGGUUGUGUUGGCGUUUGCUGUGUGCUGGCUUCCCAUACAGAUUAUUCUGGUGCUAAAAUCAUUUAAACUAUAUACCAGUUCACACAUCACCGUUACAAUACAGAUCGUCUCUCACGUACUAGCAUACACCAAUUCCUGUGUAAAUCCAAUUCUAUAUGCCUUCUUAUCCGAAAAUUUCCGAAAAGCAUUCAGAAAGCUUGUGUGGUGCGGAAAACCACUUCCACUCGACCCACGUAAUCAAAACACUAAAACCACAAGAACAACAGCUGGGAAUGGUACAUCAAAUGCAGAUUUGCUGUAAAAUACAUUGUGAAAAUCAGAAGGGUAUGUGUUUAAUGUUGUAAAUGCAUUUUAUUCAACAGUAUUUCCAUAUAUAUAUGAAUGAGAACGACAUGUAGAAGAAAAACAUGGGCUGGAAUUUUAUGUGUUGGUCACACUGAUUUUGAGCUAGUUAGAUGUCAAAUUGUAUGAGACGAUGAAGCACUACUGCGCAACACCGUUCAUACAAUUUUGACGUCGAACUAGCUCAAAAUCAGUGUGACCAACACACGAAUAUUCAACUUUGUCGUAAAUAUCACUCUCAAUAUGGUAUUACUUUCUGA